CCGUUGUGGAGCCAGGGGGGGCCUCAGCGGGGGAUUAAGGCCAAAGCCAUUGCACUCUUCACACCAGCAGCUCACCCACUGACCGACUGACAGCUCCCAAUCUUUCUGUGAAGAUCCACACCGGGUAUAAAGGUGGAGGCAAACGGAUUUCUAUCCAUGAUCAUCCAGAAUUUUUUAUCUUUGCAAGUGUGGAGUUUCUAAAAUUUGAGUUGGAAUUUUGGAGCCAACAGAAGCUGAAUAUUUCCUCAGACAAAAGGGAUUUUUUUUUUCAUUGACACAACUAGAAUUUUUUACCGAAACACAACCAGAGAAAUUCAAAAACUUUCCCAGACUGGAAGCCAAAGUCACACGCUAACUCCAGGAAUUGCCACAUUACAUCCUGCAAGGUUUUGUCUGAAUUUUCCAGCAGCAGAGUAGAUCUCUACAGCAUUUGAAAAAACACACACAACACACAAUACAAGAAAGAUUUCUGGGAAACGUCAUUUUCUGCUAUCCUGUGACAAUGAGUAGUGGUGGGACCACGACAGUUUCACCACAGGAGCCUCAGGCUUUCAAAAGGGCAGUACGGAAGAUAAAAUGCGCCGCUAUGGUGGCCAACCUGGCCAAGAGCUGGCAGGGCUGGGCCAGUGAACACUCCGACAAGCAGGACGCCAUCCCGAGUGGCUGGAUGCCUUCAUCUGUUCAAGAGGUAGACAAAAAAGAGCGUAACCAUGACGUCAAGCUCACCGUCACCCCGCGUGUAUUCACGGCUGAUGGCGCCAACGCCAGUGGGAGUACGAUUCGGACUGGUUCAGUGACCAAGUCUGUGCAGCCGAAACGCAGCGAGUGCAGCAGCAGCGACGUGGUCAACGCCAUCCGAGGCAGGAUGGAGUCGGGUCCCGAAGAGUGCAAGCCGUUCCUGGGCAACGAGUCGCCGACCCGCCGGCGCCAGAUGAGGGCGCUACAGAGCGCAGGAGGAGGAGCGAGUGGACUCAUCCAAGACAGGAAGCUUCUGCUCCAGCAGGAGAAGAAGCUGGGGUCGAGGAGCAGCAGUAUUGACACAGAGGACAGCGGGCUGGGAGAGGAGGCCGGGCUCAGCGACAACAGCGACGCAAGAAAUGAGCACGGUGACAUCCAGCCCAAGAAACAGACCAACAGGCCCAAGAUUAAGAUUUCCACUGCGAGUGACAUCAAAAGCCGCUGGCAGCAGUGGUCUGAGCAGCACAUGGAGGGCCAGAAGCUCAACCCCUUCAGCGAGGAGUUUGACCACGAGUACGCCAUGGCCAAUCGCCUCCGCAAGGGUGACUCGGGCUACGGGCGACCCAAAGACGGCUCCAAGACAGCCGAGAGGGGCGACAGGGCCCAAAAACACAUCCACAGGGAGAUGGAGGAGAUGGUGUGGAUUAUCAGGGACAUGGGGUUUAAGGAUAAAGAGGGGAGGAUCAUCAUUUCCUUCGGCCGGCUUUUUGACCGCUACGUGAAGAUCUCAGAUAAGGUGGUGGGCAUCUUGCUGCGCUGUCGCAAACACAAGAUGCUGGACUUUGAAGGGGAGAUGCUGUGGAAAGGACAGGACGACGAUGUCAUCAUUACAUUGAGGGACUGAGGACAGAUGUAAUGUCUUAUGAACAUAAACAAACACAUGCGAACCCUACCUGCAAAUCUCCCAUAUCCGCUCGGCAAGAGAAAUAAUGCUAUCUAUGCUAACCGCAAUGCUACAGACACACACACAUGGUUUCUCACAGACUCCAGUCUCAUUAGUCUGUCUCAGAUACCUGACAGGUCAUCCGAUGAAGGGAAGCUAUCUUUAGCAUGCUAACCAUGCUCGUCUUGCCAACCAUGCUCCUACAUGCAACCAUCCACCCCAGUGCCUGUCAUGCCAACACAUUCAAACUCCCAGCGUGACAAAUAAGUGAGGCUUUGUCAGCUGCCUUUGGUGUUUUUUAAUGGCGCAAAAAGUCUCUUUUAGUGUCUCAGUCAGACGCAGUGGGACUCCCUGUUUGGAGUCAUUUUUCUACACACUUUGUCGGGACUCUUGGCGGCACUUUUUGAUGCUCUGGCGUCAUUUUUCAACCUUUGGGGUUAGGGAAACCAAUUUGGAUGGGGUUUACAAAGUUAAAUUUACUGACAUGUGGACAGUUAGGUUUAGGAAUAGAUCAUGGUUGGGGUCAGAAAAUUGAUUUUUAAGUGACACCCUACAAACCCCGGUCUCCUGGGUAAAAGCCCUGUGUUGUUUGACCCAUCCACCACCACAACCAACCUCCUAUCAUUUUCAGCCUUUCAUACUAAUCGCCACCAUUGUUUCUAUUCGUACUAAUAGUACUAGUACGGUUGAGCUACCGCUAUGUCUAAUGUGGUCCAUACACGCUAAUUUCUUUGUUGGUAUCUGACGCUAAGAGCAUGUUGGGAGUGAGAAUAGGUUGGUUAUGCCAGAAAGCCUUACUGUGUGUGCAUUGUGAUAUUAUGAUCAGAGUUUGCCAUCUUGGUUUCAGACUACAAAGCCUCUGUGUUAUUAUUUUAUUACCUUCAUUAUAGGCGCAACUCAAGUGCUAUGCUCUUCUUUUUGCCGUAAAUCAAGCCUCUAUUUCCUCAGGAGAUCUUACCCAGUGGCAGACAGAAAUGUGAAAGCAAGGCUUAUGGGGAACCCACCUGAACGCAGAUGGUGUUGUUAUUCUAUAACCAGCAUUGUUCAUUGUUCAUCAACAUUAGCUUCAUUAUAAGUUAAAGCAAAAAAAAUUGCAACUUUAACUGUUAAUUUAUGUUUGGAAAAGGUCUCUUCACUUGAGUGUAACGUGUAAUGGUGUUGACAUAAAUUUGUGUAUGUUGAAACGGGUUUUUACCUAAUUUUAUACCAUGGUCUGGGUGAAUACUUGAAUCUGAUUGGCUGCAGGGUGUCUAUUUAUAAAGUGAUAUAGGACACCUAGUACGGAGUUCUGAUGAAACUGAACGUUUACUGUUCUAAUUGAAUGUGCUAAAUUAAAUUAAAAAUGUAAAUAUCUUUUUUUUUUGCCAACACUGAGUGUAGUCCUUAAAUGCAACAGCCAUCACCUCUCAUCCCUUUCACUGUUUCUACUUCAGGCUCUGGCUGCCAGUACACAUGGAUCAUCUGUUUGUGAAAGUCUUGAUAUUGAUUUGGCCGGACAGCUAGUCCUGUUCAGAUUGUAUUUACUGAUUGUCAACCGCAUCUUGCUAGCAUAGCAUAUGGCUCAUCUGAACCAAUGGGCUUCUAUGAGCUGAGCGGACUAGAAAUAUCUAUCGUUGCCAAGUCGGAUCUGAGGUCUGUCAUGUUUACUGGAGCAGUUUGGAUGCAUUAUAACCUUAUGGGAUGGGACGGAUUGUUCCAGGUAUUAGUCAAACCCUCAGGUGCUACCAAGGAAAAAAACAACUUAGAUUUAGACUAUAAAACGCAUGUAAUAAAUGAAAAAAAAAGUGACAAGUGACCAUGGUAUAAGCGGGUUUAUGCCCUUCGAGGUGUCCAAUACCAGAUAAUUAAUGGACGACAGGGAGGCCAGAAGAGGAUGGUGUCCUCCCCCGCAAGAGACACCUCAUCAGGCACUAACCCUAACUUAACAUUUAGCACAUUUACUGUUGAUAUUGUGUAACAUUAAACUUAGAGGUGUUCAAAAUGUUGAACACUUGCUUCUUUCAAAGUGAAAGCCUGUGAGUCUUCUUACAGAAGAGUGGUUUAUCAUGCCCGGAUAUAGAUUAUUAGACCUAUACAUAAACACACCCAUGUACUAUCAAGACUGUGAAAUGUUGCCUUUUUUGCUGUGGUCAGAGUGUUAACACAUGGAAGUUGAUAAAAUGUGAAAUUUAAUUUCUGAUAUCCUGUUUUCUUUGAUUAAACCGGUUGGUGUGGAAUACUGAGCCACUAAGCAAACGUCAACGAGACAUAAAUAACAUUAUAAAUUCAUCUUCAACUUCAUUGUCUGUUUAUCUUUAUGUGUGCACCACCCACCAAGUAAGGGUCCCUCUAAGUGUUACUUUCAAGAAAUCCUUUUCUGA